GUGAGGGUUGUUCAGGAGCUGCAGCUGAAGCUGCGUCAGAAAGCAUCAACUGUUCAGCUCGAUCGGCUGCUCCUCUCAGCUCGACAUGAUGAGACGUUUGUCCUGUAUGACGCUGCUGCUGCUCCUGGUCUUCACACUCACAGCUGAGGCCAACAGAAGAUCCAAACAUCACAAAGGUGGAAAACACGAGAAGUCUCGACCCGCCUCGGAGUGUUCUGCUGCAGAGACCCGGUACGGGAAAUGUGUCCCAGAACACGGUGACUGUGGAGACGGUCUGAGGGAGGCCACAUGUCAGGACCAGACUGAGAAGAUCCACUGCAGGAUCCCCUGCAACUGGAAGAAGGAGAUCAGUGACUGCAAGUACAAGUUCGGCCCGUGGAGUUCCUGCGACAGCACCACCAACACAAAGACCCGGUCCGGAACCUUGAAACGAGCUCUGUUCAACGCUGAGUGUCAGACCACCGUCAGGGUGUCCAAACCAUGUUCUCACAAGGCCAAGAAGGUCAAAGGAGAGAAGAAGUCCAACUGAAGAACAAAACACGAAGCAGCUGAACAAUCGUCUUCAUGCAGACACUUCAAACUGACUCCUCCUCCUCCUCCUGGCUCCUCCUCCUGACUCCUCCCACAUUCUGGUCUCUUUUUCUAGAUGAUUUAACUCCACCAGUAGCCCGUAGUUUAACAGUUCUGACAGUUCUGUGGCAUUUUUCCUCCUGACCACUUUUUUUUAAUGAAAAACUUUUUGACAACAGAUUAUUGAUGAAACUUGUACAAAAUAAAAUAAAUGUUGAACGUU